GCCGUACUGUGGACACUGAGCUCAACUGUUGUUGGCGUGAAAGAGGUUGACCUUUGGCUAUAAACAAAUAACACUAAACAAACAGCUGGAUUUGCUGUUCUAUAAAUAGAGUGGCACUAUGGGCAACACAAGUGACAGAGUGACUGGAGAUCGCCACGGAGCCAAGGCCCAGCAUGCAGACAGCACUGGCCACAAAGACCAAGAGCCCAGCAACAAGAUGGUGGACAGUACUGAUGACCCCAACAUCUUUAACACCCAUGGUCCUGAAACCAAAGCUCUAGAAGAGAAGGAGUUUGCUCCAGAUCUGGAUGACCUGGUAAAGACGGGGCCACAGGCUCGGCCCACUGUCAUCCGCUGGGCUGGGGGAGGGAAAGAGGUUUACAUAGCUGGUUCGUUCAACAACUGGAGCACAAAGAUACCUCUGAAUAAAAGCCAUAAUGACUUUGUAGCAAUCCUUGACUUACCUGAAGGAGAGCACCAGUAUAAAUUCUUUGUUGAUGGCCAGUGGGUCCAUGAUCCAUCAGAGCCUGUUGUGACCAGCCAAAUGGGAACUAUAAACAAUCUUAUUCAGGUCAAAAAGUCUGACUUUGAAGUGUUUGAUGCUCUGCAGGUGGACUCUCUGGAGUGCUCUGACACUUCAGAUUUAUCUAGCUCUCCUCCUGGACCCUAUGGGCAGGACCAGUACAUAUUUAGACCGGAGGAACAUUUUAAAGCACCACCUAUACUCCCGCCACAUCUCCUCCAAGUUAUAUUAAACAAGGAUACCAAUGUGUCUUGUGACCCUGCUUUGUUGCCUGAACCCAAUCACGUCAUGUUAAACCAUCUAUAUGCUUUGUCGAUAAAGGAUGGAGUGAUGGUGCUCAGUGCCACUCACCGAUACAAGAAGAAAUAUGUCACCUCUUUGCUUUACAAACCAAUUUAACACCAUCACCUCAAACACCAUUUCUCUGACCUGUUUAUUGUAGUUUUCUCAUUUAACCAAUCCUGCAAAGAAAAAACAUGUUUACAAUGGUAGAAAGUGGCAAUGGCAUUUUAAAAAGAUUGCUCAUGCCAUCAAAAAGGGCUCAGAAACUGGUAGCAGGGUGUUGCAAAAAUUUAAAGGAGGGAAAACCAUAAUGUGUCUUUUUUUAACGGGUCAUGCUACAUACAGUAGACAGACUGGACACUCUUACAAAACACUGUACACUUGGUUUGUUACUGGGUCCGGAAAUUACUUGCACGUGUUUUUUUUUGCCCUUCAAAAAUAUAUUUGUGUUGUUGUGAAGUGCUUUUUCUGCAGGCAUUGAUAACUGCCAAACAAAUUGGUUUUAACUUGGUGCCUGCUGAGACAAAUCAUCAAAUUCUUUGAAAUAUUUAUAGUAAACAUUCAGCAUCAAGUGGUCAUUUUUACUUGGAAAGCAGGUAGUGUCUCAUGCUUUUCCUCUGGAGCACUUGAUCAUUCAUGUAGCAAGAGUCUGAUGCAUAUGUUUUGACCUCAAUAGUUGAAAACUAAAGCAUAGAUGGACUUUUGAUUGGGUGUGUUUUUAUUUAUUCUUCAGUAUUAGAGUGUAUUGUUUUAUAACGUGGUCAAGUGUCUAAUAUGCUUGGUUUUUUGCACUUGCUGAUUCACAUGUGAAUGUGGUGUGUUUAAUGUUUUGUGUGUCAUGGUCAAUAGCCUUUGAAGAGAUUUGUAAAGAUAGACUUAAACGUGGAUUUUUUUCACGUUACAUUUAUUGUGCUCACUCCUGCUGUAUUUAUAUCCAAAGCAACUUUUUCUUAUGUUUUGUUUUUGAAGUAUUUUAAAGGUAUUACAUUAUUGUCCAGUCAAUAGUGCGCAUACAUUUCAUCUUUUUUUAAGAGUUUAGAUAUAACUUAGCUGAGUGGACAUGUGCCAUAACCUAAUUUUACAAGUGGUAUGAAUGUUUGAAAAGCUUUGCUAAACCUGUACGAAAUGCCGAACAAGGUUUUACUUGUUUGCAAGUUAAGUGGACAUAUUGUUUUCUUCAGUAGUUUUUGUUCAUUUUCUGCUGCAAUAAUAUAAAUUCUUUACAAAUAAAACAAAGUAUAGAUUUAAAA